CCAAUCGGAGACGAAUAUGUGCACGCGAACACGUUAGAUUCGUUUAAUACACACUAUAAAUUAUUUAUAUUUUUAAACAAUUCGCUGCCGUUACGUCAUUAUUUUAUUUCUAUUUUCGGUCAAAAACCCAGCUAAUUAAAACCAAAAAAACCUGUUAAUUUAACGCUGAUUGUAGUUCGCUAUCUACAUACUUACCUGCGUACCUAGCUAGCUAAUCUGUAUUAGCAUCUUUAGCACGGUGCUAGCGGUGAGGCGGUUAGCAACAGCAGCUAGCUCGCUCGCUAGCAACGCCGAAACGUUCAUGUUUUGGUCGAAAACAUAAGAAAUAACGCAUCGGUGACAUUUCCACAUCAGAGACGAAGAGGUUUUCAUUUAACAAGGAGCUUCGAUAAGCUCUGGGUGCGUGGAUGAUCAUGCGAGUGCCUCAUCCCCAUCCUCGUGUCCAUCCCCGUGCUUGCUGACCCCUCACAUUUCGACCCUUUGAGUGGGCUCUGCGAUGCAGCCAUGAGCUCGGUGCUGUGGAGUCAGGAGAAAGGGGCGGGCAGCCCGCGAGAUGACUGGCGCUUCUUCAUGCUGCUGAAGGAAUGUGUGGUGGAGAAGGCCGGGCAGAAGGGGGUGCGUGUGCCGCGUGGGAGUCUAGGUCAAGUCUGUCCCGAGCGCACCACCCUGGGCCGCCCGUUGCCCCCCACCAAGGGCAAGCGCAGCCUACGAAUUCUGGAUCAGAGCAACGUGGUGGCCAGCGUAGAUGAGCGAGAUGCACUGGAGCUGGACGAGGCUCUGGCCGAGCUGCUCUUUCCCAUCACCAACUGUGAGGAGCGCUACGGGCUGCUGUGCGACACGGCGAGGCUUCAGCGCGCUCGCUCCAUACGCUGCGGCUCCAGGGUGCGAGUCCAGCUGCGCUCCGGUGACCUGCCGUUACCUGGAGUCGUCAGAUUUAAAGGAGCUCUGCUGCCUGACCGAGCCCUGUCGGGGAUCUGGUUCGGUGUUGAGCUGCUGGAGGAGGGUCGUGGUCAGGGUUUUACAGAGGGCUCGUAUCAGGGUCAGCAGCUGUUCCGCUGUGAAGAUGAGUGCGGCGUGUUUGUUGCUCUAGAUAAACUGGAGCUCUGGGAGGAUGAGGAGCUUGAGGUGGACCACCUGAGCCUGGUGGACAACGAGCCGGACGUGGAAGGAGAUCUCCGGCCUCUGGAGCUCAACUCUCGCGUCCUGGUUCAACUACACGAGGGCCUUGAACGUGGCACUGUCAUCUUCUGCGACCUUUUACCCGGCAACGAGACCCUCGGCUAUUACGUCGGAGUCGAUAUGGACAAUCCCAUCGGAGACUGGGACGGCGUGAUCGACGGGAAACUGCUGUGUAAUUUCGCCAGCCUCGAGCACACCCGUCUCGUGCCCAUCGGUGAUGUCAUUCCAGAAUACUCCAUGCAGGACCCGAGGCUGUCCAAAGCCAGCUUUACUCCCAGAGGGAGCAGUGAGAAGUCUGGCAGUCAGAGCAAACCAAAGAGCAAAGGGUUAGGUCUGCAGGCUGCCAGCAGAAGCAAGUCUGAGUUUUAUUAUACGUUAAACGGCAGCUCUGUCGAUCACCCGACCCAGUCCAAAUCCAAAAGCACGUGGUACAUAGACGAAGUGGGUGAAGACCCAGCUAAGUCCCUGACGGAAACGCCCCCCGACUUCAACCAGGCGUCACCGCCUCCCCGCACCCCGCCUACUGCCCCGUCACUGUCCAGUGACAACAAGUUUCACUCGCUGCCCUUCAGCCUGAGUCGCAAGAGCGGCCCCAAUGGGAGCAUGAGCCAUGGGCCGCUCUCGCUAUCCGUCCAGUCGGUGAUGGGUGAGCAGCAGGAGGCUCCGCCUCCACCAACAGCUCCCUCUCCGAGGCCUCCGUCGCCUCCUAAAGGUCAGCCGGGGUUAGAGGUUGGGUCACUGGUAGAGGUGAAGGAGAAUCCGCCCCUUUGCGGGGUGAUACGCUGGGUGGGCCUGCCACCUGGACUACUGGAGCCUCUUGCAGGACUGGAACUGGAAGAGGAGUCUCUAGGAUGCACUGACGGUACUUUUAAAGGCACACGUUACUUUACUUGUCCUCCAAAGAAAGCUUUGUUUGUGAAACUGAAAUGCUGCCGUCCAGAUUCACGCUUCCCUUCCCAGCACCAUUCACCCAAUCCAAUCGAACGCUGUAACUCUAUAGCGUUUGGUGGUUACCUGAGUGAGGUAGUAAAUGAGAACACUCCUCCUCGUACAGAGAGUGAUGGCCUAGAUGUGAUGGUCGGCAAGAAGAAAGGCAUUCAAGGUCACUACAACUCCUGCUACUUGGAUUCCACGCUUUUCUGUCUAUUUUCAUUUAGCUCGGUGUUGGACACGGUGUUACUGAGGCCGAAGUCUAAGACUGAUGUAGAAUACUACCUGGAGACACAGGAGCUGUUACGCACUGAGAUAGUCAACCCACUGCGGAUUCAUGGUUAUGUCUGCGCGACUAAGAUCAUGAAGUUGCGGAGAAUUCUAGAAAAGGUGGAGGCUGCUUCGGGAUUCACGUCUGAGGAGAAAGAUCCGGAAGAGUUUCUCAACAUACUGUUUCACCACAUCCUGAGGGUCGACCCUCUGCUUAAGCUUCGCUCUGCUGGCCAAAAAGUUCAGGACUGUUACUUCUACCAGAUCUUCAUGGAUAAGAAAGAUAAAGUGCUUGUGCCGACUAGCCAACAACUGCUAGAGUGGUCCUUCAUCAACAGUGACCUCAAGUUUGCUGAGGCUCCCUCGUGUCUCAUCAUCCAGAUGCCUCGCUUUGGGAAGGACUUUAAGAUGUAUAAUAAGAUUUUCCCGUCUCUGGAGCUGGACAUCACGGAUCUUCUGGAAGACACACCCAGAGAGUGUCGUAUCUGUGGUGGUUUAGCUCUGUAUGAGUGCAGGGAGUGUUACGAAGAUUCUGACAUCACAGCAGGAAAGAUUAAGCAGUUCUGUGAAAAGUGCAAUACACAGGUGCAUCUGCACCCACGGCGUAAGAGUCAUCGUUACAACAAACUCUCGUUACCUAAAGAGCUUCAGGAGGGCACAUGGAGACAGGCUGCUUUCCCCCGUCAGCAGAUGGAGCUGUUCGCCGUGCUCUGCAUCGAAACCAGCCACUAUGUGGCUUUCGUUAAGUACGGCUCAGCGGCGUCCUCCUGGCUCUUCUUCGACAGCAUGGCCGACAGAGACGGUGGUCAGAACGGUUUUAACAUCCCGCAGGUGUCCCCGUGUCCUGAGGUGGGCGCGUACCUGAAAAUGACCCCCGAAGAGCUCCACGCGCUCGACCCUAAAAACAUCCAGGGUUACGCGCGCCGCCUGCUCUGCGACGCUUACAUGUGCAUGUACCAGAGCCCUACGAUGAGCCUGUAUAAAUAAAAAAUGAUAUAUAUAUAUAAAUAAAAAAAAAAAAUGAGAGUGAAGAAAAGAUGAGUAGGCACAAAUGGAAGGAUUGAAGGUGAGAAGAUGUGAUGAUAAAAGAGAAAGAAAGAACAAAAAGAGAUGCAGAGUUUCAAACCGACUCCGAGACGGAGAAAGACUUCAUCGCACAGAACCAACACUUCCUGUUACCGUUAUGCCUGAUUCUCUGUGUAUAUAGUCCAGUAUGAGGACAGGGAAGCCGAUUUGCACUGUUCAUGGUGUGUGUGUGUGUGUGUGUGUGUGUACAGUAUGUGUGUUUGUGUGUGUGUUAGAGUAUAUCGUAAAUUUUGGGCCGUAACCCAAAACGGUGUCGUCUUGUUUUUUGUCGCUCCGGUACAGUAGAAAGGAACUGCUGUAACAAAUACUGAUCUGAAACUUCAUCAAAUGCUCCGUACUUAUCCUUCAGAACCCCGGCCGUAAAACACAUCCAGCACACGGUCGACUCAAUCGACCCGCGACGUCUCUCCGGCUUCCGAGUUCAGCCUCGGCCGUACUUUCCUGUAGCGUUUGUGUCCCUCGUGUCGACCUACAGUGUAAGGAAGCAUAAUGGAAAAGCUUUUACAUACUUGCUGGAGUCUCUCGUUGUUCCUAAAGCGCACACGUGGUGUUUUUUCCCCCACAGGAUUCACAGUAAACCUUUUGCAAGUUGUGUAUUCAUUGAAAGCAGGAGUUUCGGCUUCACCUGCUAGUAUAGCUAUCGAUAAAGCUAUGCUGUAUGAUACGCUAUGAAUCUGCCUGCCGUAAUAACAACUAACAGGUCGUCAGUAUACAUGGUGUGUGUGUGUGUGUGUGUGUGUGUGUGUGUGUGUGUGUGUGUGUGUGUGUGUGUGUGUGUGUGUGUGAGAUCCUUUACCAGGAAGUCGAAAGUUUUCAAAUAACAGCAGCGUUUUAUUCUUCGAACCAUUUACAAUUUUUUUUUCAUCAUUAAACUUUGCAACUUUAUACCUGAGCAUUUAAUGUUGUGAAACGUUCACAAAGCAAAUCAGUUCCUUUUAUCACUUGCGUUAUAGCAGAGCAUAAGUCUCACUUUUAUUUUUCUUCCUUUUUCUUUUUCUCCCUCACCUAUUUCUCGAACCCGAGAAGACGAAAAGUCCCGUUUGCCUCAAAAAUCGGACAUCCGAGCAAGAGAACACGAAAAUUUCACCGAUUUUUCUAAUUCUAAGAAGCAUUCCAAUUUUUUUUCCGUGCUUAUUUCUAAAAUGAAGCAAAACGAAGUGUUUUAUAUUAAUCAUCAAACAAGAAGGAAUAUUAGUUUGAUUUUUAGACUCCUUUCACUAGCAGUUGUUUUUUUUUUUGCAGUGUACAAAACACCGACACUGGAGACUCCUUCCAAAAAACAAGACGACAGCAACAAAGAAAACGAUGAUUUGUUUUCUUUUAUCCGUUUAUUUUUUCUCCUACAGUCAGAACUAGUUAGCUACAGGAGCUGCUGUUAUAGAAAAUGAAUCGACUAACUUCCUUCCAAACCGAUCAGAUCGGAGCUUUCAACAGCGCCGUGGUCCGUGUGUGUUUCUCCUGUUUGUACAAAAGAUCUGCAGUUGUGAGGUGUAACAUCAGUACAUCUGCCAUGUGGUUACAGUUGGUAUGUUCCGCCAACACGCCGCUUCGCUCCCGCUCCUGCUGGCGGUUGUUUUUUACUGAGCAAAGCCUCAUCAGCAUUGUAGCAGGUGUAGUUUCUACACCACUUUACCCAUCUUCUCAUGGAAACAUCUUAACAAAUUAUUCUCAUCAUUAUUAUUUUUGUGUCGGUUAUCCUAGGGUUUGAUAACGAGUGUGUGUGUGUGUUAAAAAGUGUUAAAAGGCUCUUGUGGAUUUUUCUAUCAAAACUGUAAGGAGACGUCGUGCUCUGUUUAAGCGCUCGUCCGAGUCGGAGAUCGUGGAUGAAGAACACAUCAUUUCAUCAGGUUUUUUUUAUUUUUAUUUUUUUAUUUUUUUUAUCUUAUUAAAUCUGUUUUUAUUUAUUUUAUUUUUUUCUGUCGGAAUUCAGCUGCUUUGAAUUAACGCGUGUGGAUUUAACAACGCCUCGUCAAAAGACGUCGACGCUUUGCUGGUCGCACUGAUGAAGAUGGUGAAGUGUAAAGGCUUGUGCUGGUGCUUCAGUGUCGUACAGCCGGAAUAUUCCGUGUCUGGUGUUCCUGUUGUACUCCAACCCUGGUUUCGUUUAUUUGUGCUCCUCUUAUGAAUGUUAACUAAAUUAAAACCCCAUUUUCCAAACAA